GCACCCCGCCCACUGUUUCUAUGGCAACAGAAAUCAACAGGCCCGCUUGCGGUUUGGGCCCCGGCCUGCACCUCGGCGGCGGGUCUCGCGCCCAUUCCCCACGUUCAGCGUGUCCUCCGCGGGCACCGUGAGGGCAGCUGGGCGGCGCGCGCCGCCGGGAGACUGAGGGCGCCUCGGGCGUCAGCGCUCCGGACCCUCGGCUGUGGGCGACCCCGGGGCCUGGGAGGGCCCCCGCUGGCCAGGGCCGAGGCACCAUGAGCGUGGCGGAGGUGGAGGAGCUCGUCUCCCAGAAAUACGAGAUCAAGAAGCGCCUGGGCAAGGGGGCCUAUGGAAUUGUGUGGAAAGCAAUUGAUCGCAGGACAGGAGAAAUAGUUGCUGUCAAGAAGAUCUUUGAUGCUUUUAGGAACAGAACAGAUGCUCAGAGAACAUUCCGGGAAAUUAUGCUCCUGCAGGAAUUUGGAGAACAUCCAAAUAUCAUCAAGCUGCUUAAUGUCAUCCGAGCUCAGAAUGACAGGGAUAUUUACCUGGUUUUCGAAUCUAUGGAGACAGAUUUACAUGCUGUGAUCAAGAAGGGGAAUUUGCUGAAAGACAUCCACAAGUGUUACAUCCUCUACCAACUCCUGAAGGCAACCAAAUUCAUCCACUCAGGGAAUGUCAUUCACAGAGACCAGAAGCCCUCAAAUAUCCUGCUGGAUGCGGACUGCUUUGUUAAGCUUUGUGAUUUUGGACUGGCUCGCUCCCUUUGUCAGAUCCAUGAGGACCAAGGCAGCCCUGCACUGACAGAGUAUGUGGCAACACGCUGGUACCGAGCCCCUGAGAUCCUGCUUUCCUCUCAUAGCUACACAAAGGGCGUGGACAUGUGGAGUAUUGGCUGUAUUCUGGGGGAGAUGCUGCUUGGAAAACCUCUUUUUCCUGGAACAUCCACAGUGAAUCAGAUAGAGCAGAUCUUGAGUGUCAUUCCUGCCCCAUCCCAGGAAGAUAUUUUAGCUAUCCAUUCGGACUACAGAGCCUCUGUUAUUAACCGCAUAAGUUCCAGACGGCGAGUGACAAUUGAGGAAAUUUUACCCUCCUCUAUCCCCCCUCAUGCCUUGGACCUUCUAAAGAGGCUCUUAGUAUUUAACCCUGACAAACGGCUGACUGCAGAAGAGGCCCUGCAACAUCCCUAUGUGAAAAGGUUCCACUGCCCCACCAAGGAGCCCUCUCUGGACUACGAUGUGAUUCUUCCUUUAGAUGACGAUAUCCAGUUGUCUGUCGCAGAAUAUCGCAAUAAACUGUAUGAGAUGAUUCUGGAAAGGAAGGCAAAUAACCGUCAACAGAAACAAAUCCAAAGAGAGAACCUUCAACCAAGUCCAUCUCAGUUCAAACCAUCUCUUCCAAACACCAGCUUUGUGCCUUUAUCUACCAUCGGGGAUCAGAGAGAGCCAAGACCCACUCUUAUGAAAAGUUCACAUGUGCCUGCAGGGCCUCCAGUGCUUUGUGAAGUUUCCAGCCAGAGAGAGGGUUUAGCAGGAACUCUCUGCCAGAGACCUAAAAUCAACAUGCUUUACAACCCCAUAACGCACACCACUGUUCAGAGCGCAGGCUCACCUAAAGGGGAGCACCCACAGGAACAAAAAUCUCGAAGAACUUCAGUUACUGAAGAUAGCCUGGGUUCUGUUGUAAUGGCCAGGAACCAUUCAGCACCACUCCCUCAGCAUCAGAGAGCAUCCUCCAUCAAUAGGAAACUUGGGAGACAGAUCACAUGGGUGAAUAUGAGUGCUCAGCCACCUGCAACAGGCAUACAGAAUCCCUAUAACAAUCAGGAAGUGCCAAAAGGUCCUGACUCUCAAGGUCAGUCCGUAUCCAACCUGAGAUCAUUUUCACUAUCCAGUCAGGCACAGGAAGCUGCUAUCCACAGUCACCUGACCAGGAAGGACUCUCCCAUGAUGGUUGUGGUGACAGCAACCAGUACCAGACUAAAUCCAAGGAACCCACAGUUUCCCAGCAGGGAUGCUCACCCUCUUCUGAAGUCCAGUAAAAAGAUGUUCCAGGUCACAGCAAAUAUGGGAGCUGCUGGAGAUCCCAAGGCAUCGAUGGGCAGUUACUCCCAGUCCUACGGGACCAUCUGUAAAUCUGCACUCCAGAAUCUUCCAAUAUCAAAUUCCUGCCAACAGGCACCAGCAUUGAAUAUGCACCAACACUGACCAAGUGGAGUACAGCCCAAUCCACCCAGUGACAGGCCCUGUAGGGAACAAACAGCUGGGGUACAACUCCACUCCCAGGCAUUUGGCAGGACCCCAAAUGCUAGAGAAGUACUGCCUGCACUCACCAUAUCGGGCACAGUGCCACUUUCUCUGAGCAAGAUAGCAAGAAUGGUCUGGCAUUCUGAUCCAUUUAACUUCAAGCCUGUGCAAAGACACAAGGUAGGCAGGCAGGGGAUGCAGCACCAUUUGUUUCCAUACAAUGCUGUAGGCACAGUUUAUCUUUACAUACUAUUUCUCAUAUUCAGUAUCACUGAUAGCUACAGAAAGCUGCUUUAUUCUGCUGCUGGCUUGUGUUGUUAGAUAUAUCCAGGCUGAUUUGUCCAUUUCUAUUGGCCUCAAUCGGUUUGUGUUCACUGAAUCCAAACUUUGGAGAGGAGCAGAUAACUAAGACUAGAUCAUUCUCUGAAGCCCAGGAAGACGAAAUUUACCAUGGAUAUCUUGAACUCCCUUCUCUUUAUGUUCCCAGUAGUUCCCAUAUCCUUUUGGGGUACAAAAUCAGUUAUUAACAUUCUCUCAUUCCAAUAAAGUAGUUCCCUUUCUUUUAUGUAUUUUUCUCUGGUGUAUUUAAUACUAUAACUACUGUGUGUUGAUAUACUCUUUAUGUAUUGUAAUAAACUGCUUAUAUUUCACUGA